UUGCACUUUGCCAAACAUAGUCCACAGUACACUUGAAACGUGAACAUCAAACAACACUACUCCUCCCAAAGUUAAACAACAAAAACAACAACAAAAUGUUCAAAUUCGUGUUGAUUUCUUGCCUUUUGGCUGCCGCUAUUGCCAUGCCCAUUGACCAAGACGACGAAGACAAGGCCGAGUUGGAACGCAUUCAAAACGAAUCUGCCCAAUACUCCUUCAAUGCCCACAUCGACGAUCAAAUCAAUGACGGCACCAUUGCCCGCGAAGAGACCCGUGAUGGCACCAAGGUCACCGGCAUGUACUCCUACAGUGACGGUUUCGUCAGACGUACCGUCCACUAUGAAGCCGAUGAGAACGGUUACCGUGUUGUCAAGGAAGAAACCGAAGACAUCGGUGAUGGUCCCCAAUUCAAUGCCGAUGGCCAAGCUGAUGUUCAAGGUUCCUUGAUUGGCAAAUACUCCAUCAAGUUGAAUCAGGAUGAUGAUGAGAAACACUAUAAGGAUGUCCGUGCCUAAGUUGUGGUGGUGGUAGAGGUCAAACAACGAGAACACCCAGAAAAUAUUUCUAACAUUUAGAAAUAGUGAGACUGAUUUCAGAACCCACACACAAGCACACACACACACAUCAAAUGUCCAUUAAACAAGAAAAAUUGAGAACGAAAAAGGAUGGAAUGCAAAAAAAAAAAAAAAAAACAUUUGUCCCACACCCACACAUGAAUUUGUUGUAAUUGUUUAUUAAUUGUAGUGUCCUUUAACUUUAAAAUAUGUAUGUAAAAUAAAUUGUACGUUUUAAGUGUAAA